UAGCGCGGACUCAACUUUAUCUCCGAAAAGUUCUUACAGUCACGCCCACUUAUACGCUCAACUUCAACACAAUCCGGCGAAGUUGUCCUGAAGUUCGCCGCCGAACUUGUCAACAAAGGAUAUUUUUUAAACGCAUAAAAAUAUUAUUCUCAACUCGUUUAAGUGAUAAAACUAAUUUUGGAGAGACUUUUCCGUAGAAACUUGGAAAAUUGUUUCUAACUUCUAUAAUCAAAAAUAAAUUUUAUCCAAAGGACUUGCUUUAAAAACAUUUUAUCGUAGUGUAUAGCUUUCCAUCGUAUAUUAUCUAUAUAAGACAAACAAGCUAAAACGGAAAAACCGUCAACUUUUCUCAAGUGUUAUAAAAGAGUGGGAGUGGCAAUUCGUUUAGUGAUAUAUAUAUGACUGAGAGCCAGAGAAUCUGAUUAUGUGGAGGCAUGGUGUAAGAUUGCUAAUGGAUAGUAUAACAAAAAGCGAGAUUUUCACUAAAUCAUCUUAAAUUCAGUAUAAUCGGGCGAUUUUAGAAAAUUACUUAAUAAUGAGUGGAAGAUUGACGAUAACUGCAUCAGCGGUGAAUUCUGGAUAUACGCCAAUAGUGAUUCUUUUUCUUCUGGCCGUCAAUUUAGCCAGUUCACUGAGAUUAACCAACAUGUCCGCUCCCGUCGUUGCCGAUACCAAACAAGACAUGGAAUUAAACUGUCGAUUUGAUAUGGAAUCGGAAGAGCUGUACGCCGUUAAAUGGUAUAAGGACGAUCAAGAGUUUUUCAGGUACAUGCCGCAUCAGCAACCCCACAUAAUGACGUUUCCUGUAUCCGGCGUUCAUUUGGCCCCUCAAAACACUGAUUGCGAUCGAAUACAUUGUAAGGUUCAACUAACCAAACUCACGAGGCAUCACAGCGAUGGAGCUUAUCGUUGCGAAGUGUCCAGUGAAGCACCUACAUUCCGUCUCGCUGCUGAAACCCACAAUAUUACGGUAGCAACUUUACCAAAGGAAAAACCACGAAUACUGGGAUUGGAAGAAACGUAUAAUGAAGGGGAUAUUUUAUCCGCAAAUUGUACGUCUUCUCCAUCCGAUCCCGCUGCCAUCGUUACAUGGUUUAUCCACAAUCAACCGGCUCCUCAGAAGUUUAUCGAGGAGAUGAGAACGUCUGACAAUGAUGGUUUGCUGUUUCGAUCGGUCUCUUUACGCUUCCAAGUAAACCGCAAGUAUACGCAGGGGGAUACUGACAACAUAGAGCUACGUUGUGUGUCAACUUUACCCGGUGUACCCUUUCCGCCGCAAGAAACAUCAUACACAAUAUCUUUGAAGAUACACAGACCGCAGGUUGUCAGUAACCAGAAACUUCACUGGCUUAAUUCGUCGUCGGUGAAACCGUUUCAACACCACUGGAUCACACUUUUCCUCGUUACUACAGUAAGAUGGUGACUUUAUUCUCAUUGUUUCUUAUUUGUGUAGAUUAUUUUUUAAAUGAAAUGCGUUGGAGGAUGUUAGUAAACGAAUCGCGUAUAGUAGAGGAAUUUAUAGAUAUAAGUUAGGUGAAUUUUAUUAACAUUGUGGAUUACCUCCUUGUGCAGAAAUAUACGAUUUCCUUUGGCGAUUCAGUAAUCAAGUUGGUAGUAAGCGAAUUAGUUGCUCUUAGCAAUUAAACUUCAAAGUAACAACGUUGCAUCCUAAUAUGCCUCACCAAUUACGUAAUUAUCAAUUUAAAAGAAUCGAAAAAUUAUUGCCAGCUUAAAGACAUUCAAGUUACAUUGCAUUGUGCAUCCAAAUUUGUCCAAGUUUAGUCAUUUUUCUACACGUUAGUCGGGAUUUUUCAUUAAUUGCUAUAACAAUCAAAAUGUUCUUUACAGUUACAUUAACCGUAUUACAUUCUUAGCGCUCUUGGCUUUUCACCAGAAAAUUUGAAAAACUGAGAACAUCACUGAAACAAAGGAGGCUUGGUGUAUCAAAAUAAUAUAGUAAACAUUUUUGGAGAGUUUCUCCAAUCUCCAAUUCUUCAAUUACAACCAUUUUCAACAGAAGAAAAGUGUACUUGAAUGGCAUCAUAUUUUUAUUUUCGAUUCAACUGGAGGAAAAAAGUUUGAUAUUGUCAUUUGGUAUAGUAACAGUUUAAGGAGCGCAAGCGAUUUAUUUUUUGUGAAGCCAAAGGAAUAAUAUUCAAAUUAAUUAAUACGAGAGUCAGAUCUUUAUUUGUUGUAAGAAGUUAUUUUGGUUUCAUAAAAUUUAUUCCAUUCAUUUAAAAGUAUACAUAGGGUAAAACAAUACAGUUCCUAUCCCUAUGUCUUUUUCUUGAUAAAUAUCACUGCAUGUAAAUACAUACCCUUCACUGGGUCUAAUUGUUAGACAAGUUUAACUGAAACAUGAACCGAAUUCGGGAGAUGACCGGAUUAUAUCAUAUCCAAAUAAAUUAAAGACAGAUGCAACGAGAAGAAUUCGCAAGAUUUCUAAAACUAAACAAAAAGGAGCAGCAGUUUAAUUACCCAUGACAUUACUUUCCAAAGGGAACAUGUGCCGAUUGGAAAAGCGUGAAAUUCACCUUUAACGUAUAAUAAAAUUCAUCUAACACUUCGCACAGAUAUAGGGUUCAAAUUCUCAUUUCUUUGAAAAGGUUACGAUUAAUCUCUUGUUACAGGAAUUGGCACUGGCACUUAGCAAUUGUCUGUAGGGGCGCUAUCCACCCUUGAGGUAAUAAACAUUUACCUAUUUAAUACUCGCCCAAAAAUUUCAAAUUUUUGUUCUCUUCAAGAAGUUGCGGUUGAUUUUUUUUAAUUAGCAGAUCGAUUGGCAUUUAAUUAGUGAUUGGCUAAAGGGGCGAAAUCCGCCCUUGAGGUAUAACAACCUUUUUAAAACUCCCAAAAAGAAAGUUCUUAGGGCUUUUAAAAAAAAUUAAUUCUCAACACUCAAGAAUUACCAGAAUUGGCUUUCACUUUGAUUGUCUAAAGGAGAGAAAUCCGCCCUUGAAGUAUCAAAAGUUCAUUUAGCACACUCACAAAGAAGGUUUCAGAUCUUAGUUCUUUUUAAAAAGCUAGUAUUCACCUCCUGUAUUACCAGAAAAAUUGACUUUCACUGAGCGAUUAUUUAAAGGGAAAAAAUCCGCCCUUGAAGUAUCAAAAAUUCUUUUAACACUCUCACAAAGAUGGUUUCAGAUUUUAGUUCCUUUAAAAAAGUUUUUCACAGACACACGCUUUCCUUCAAAAAUUUCUUCAAAAUAUUCUUCUCGGUCUUGGAGAAAUUUAUUACCACAGAACUAUAAAGUGCUGGAUUCUGUACUGAUUUAGUGUAGGUUAUGCUGACGCAGAAAUUUUUCACUUUGACAGUAUUUUCGUUAUGUUUCGUCGUUUAUUUUCUUGUACUGUCAACGUACCCUUUUUAAAUUAUUAACUUUGUGUUUGUUAUCUUUUUUUGAUCGGCAGAUACUGUUGGUUUUUGCCUUUUAUUGGUUCUCUCUAUUUUCAAAAUAUAGUUAUCUAGUACUAGAGUUUUUCUAAUUUUUUAUUAGCCACCGUUUGUUGGUUGCUUGUGGUUAUUCUUUGUCGUUUAUCACCAAUUUCAUUUUUUAUCUCCUCGACAAGGCAAAGUUUCAAACUACAAUUAGCAAUAUUAUAUUGGUAGCUUGAUUGAUAUAGUCUUUCAGAAUGAAAUAUUGUUGAAAAACUAAGGAACAUAUGAAAUUUGAGCCAAAAUUGACAUAACAGAGAAGACGAUAAUAGAUAUAUGAAAUUCUUCACUAGUAAAGUUUAAACAACAAUUUAGGAACAUUUGUCCCGCAAGUGAAAAAAAAUAGCCAGCAGAUAUUACUAGCUACUAACUCUACGUGGAUACCCCGUCAGGUUGGUGAAAAUUAGGUCAAUAAUAGUUAUUUAUGUAUUAAGGGCAUAAUAGUGAUGUUUAUAUUCUCGAGGGCGACGAGUUAAAAAGCUCGAGGGCCUAUGGCCUAGCUGUGAACAGGGUAUGUGCGAAAAGCGCUUAGAGCGAUACGUAGGGCAGAGUUUUGAAUGAUUUUUUGAAACGAUGCAGAUGAAUAAGUGUUACUGAAGCUGAAGAUUUUUGAGCAGAUCUGCAUCAAUUAAUGAUGGGGGUCGGAUCGCGCUUUUUUUGGGUUCAGAAUUGGGACCACCAAAGCUCUUGACCAUAUUGCUAGACGCAUUCCAGAUGCAAAGAGGUAGUUGAAUGCCUUAAUCAGAAAUAUUUUAGCAGAGGGUGAGCAGAAUGAACGGGAGAUCCUCCGAGCCGGGAGUUGAGUUUCGGCAUUCAACUAAGAAAAUAAAAUGAAAGAGGAAUAUUCCUGGAUUCCGUUGUAUAUGAUUUGAAAUAAGUUCCCUUCAGUCGUUACACUUUUGUAAUGGUAUUAAUAUAAAAAAUUAAAAACUGAAAUAAAAGGUAGUAGGUUAAUUCCCCAUUGAGAGGCGAAAUAAGGGCGCAUUGCCUCCUAGAUCCCUUCUCGACCACUAAGUGGUCUUUUUUGCUGAACCAAAACGAAAUCACAAUAUACCUCUAAAGGAAAAAUAAACAUGAUUAAAACAAAAUUAUGUGCAAUUUGAUGAAUCAAAAAAAAGGCCUAAGGUAUUCUUUUGACAUUAACAACACGUUGAAAAGAUAAUUUAAAAUCAAAUAAAACAAACAAACAUUCCAAUUUUGCACGUAUUGCCAUCCCAAGGACAUUUUGGGCCACGGAAAAAAGCUAGGACAAAACAAAGGUAAAAUUGGAGUAAAACACCAGAGCUCAUUCAGGGAAAUGGUCCUAUCCAGGACAAAAGAAAUAUACUGACCGAAACAUAUGUUUGCCACAUUUUAUAUCCUAACUUCAAAACGUCAAAAUUUACAUAUCGUUAGACAAAAUUCGGAAAAAAAUUCUAAACUUUCUGAUUGGAUGUGUUACUGAUAAGGAUAACAUUGAAAAUACCUUCUGUUUGAAUUUCCAAAAAUAAUGUAGCUACCUGAGAGUACGACAUGUACUCAUUUCAUAGUCCGCCAUAUAUAAACUUUUUAUCGUCCCUUGAUUGCGAACGGAUGAAAGGCACUAGACGAUAAUGCAUCAUCUAAACGAACAUGGGAGUCAAGGCAUCGACGCAGAAGUGAAAUAACCCUCUUGCUCCUUACAGAAGACGUUAAUUUUGUAGAUUUAUCACCAUACCGUCUGGAAACCGCAAAUAUUCCUUUAUCCAAUAGUUUCUGCUUCGAGUGGAGGAAUUUUAUGUUGAUAAAGUUUAAAGUUUUUCCUGCAAACUGUUAUUAUACGAACAGAUAAACGUGACAAUGGCCAAAAUUAGAUUUUCCGUGCACGUUCGCAAGUGCUUUCCAAUGGUAAGUGCAUUUACUAUCAAGCUUCGUGUUAUCAUUAAUGCUCGGAUUUUGGCGCAGUUCUCGGCAAUCAAAGCGCCACCAUUUAAUAUGCAAUAAAAGUCGACAAACAGCAGCGUACCUAACUCUAGAUCGUCUGCUUUACUCAUUCCUCCGCAAUCUGCACGGAAGAUUUAUUUUUACGCCUCAUCUAUUUUAUCCUUGUCCACGCGUAAAAAAAGCUUUUUUCUAAAAUAAAGUGACACUUGCAAAUUUUUACCAACUCUAGGAUAGAUGUUAUACAUUCGCUGUUUUACUACCAAGAGUUCUUUACGAUGUAAUUCCAGUAGAGGUCUGCGAUUCCACUUCAACUCUCGGGAAUUACAAACUUUCAGUGAAAACUUACUUUAAAAUUUAUAUAGAUUUUGUAACGUUGACACGUUGUCAUGAAAGAGAUUUAUACUUUCCACUUUUUAGAUAAAUUAUGUAAAAUUCGGGCCAAUUAGUCACUUUUCCUCUGGAGAAAGUUUUUUUAAUAGCAUGUUGUUCGGAGAAUCUGCUCUGAGACGAGGAUCACAUCUUAGUAGUUGUUUAUAAAGAGAGACGUUUUCUGCAUUUGUGAAAUAGAGCCUUUAUAUUAAAUAACAAAUUAUAAUUAAAAAACGUCAAAUGCAAAGUGAGCCUUAAUUCAGAUCCGUGCAAACCCGACAGCUUUUUCUAAUUAAAAAUGGAGUACCUAUGCCGCAAUAACAAACAAAAAUUAAGUGAAUCGCCAAAUGAAUUGGGAAACUCGCCGCUUUGAAUUUUCGCGACACAUAAACGUUUAAUAAAAAAUAAAAGCGAUUUUAUGUCAAACUUUUGCGUAAAGCUCAGUUUAAAAUACUCCCGAUAAAAUAUCCGUAGCUGAAACGGUAUAUAA